CUAUCUCCCAAUCUAAAAUACGUCCCAGAAACCCCGCUGGGUAACAGAUUAACAGAGUCCCAAGUUUGGGUCGACGCACGAACCCUCAUUUCGUUUCAUAAUCGGGCGGGUGCUUUUGUUGUUGGUUGAUCUGCGCCAGAUGUUUGGUUCUUCAAUUUUUUAGUGAAGGUUGAAGGAAGACUAAGCGUAGAUUUGUUGUUGCAAAGAUGCUUCAAAUUCGACUUAAUAAAGGUGCUUCUUUGGAUAAUGGGACCGGAGUUAAAUUGUCUCCGGGGGAGAUUGUAACUGUAGCAUGUCCUGAUCAUCUUGUUCUUGCUGAUCUUCCUGUUGCAAAGGGUCUUGGUUCUGCAACUUCUGCUUCUAUUGUUAAGAUUGUUGGUCGUAGAUCACGUCGACAGCUUGCUGAGCGGGUUCAUUUUUGUGUUCGUUGUGAUUUUCCUAUUGCAAUUUACGGUCGCCUGAGUCCAUGUGAGCAUGCGUUCUGUCUUGAUUGUGCUAGGAGUGAUUCUAUCUGCUAUCUUUGUGAUGACCGUAUCCAGAAGAUACAAAUAAUCAAAAUGAUGGAGGGAAUCUUCAUUUGUGCUGCUCCUCACUGCCUCAAAUCCUUUUUGAAGAAAUCUGAAUUUGAGUCUCACAUACAUGAAAGUCAUGCCAACUUGCUUCAGCCGAACAUGAAGGGAGAAACGAGUGAACCUGAAGGAUCAGGCACUAAGCAGUCUUCAACUUUAGAUACAACACUUCGAGGUCCACCAAGGUCAGGUUUACCUCCCAGUUCAACUCAUCAGCUAAAUGAUCGUGAGGAUAAAAAUUGGCGCCAGCAUCCUAGAGACCAGCCUCCAGUAAGACCAUCAAUGCAGUCAAAGCCACCACCGUUUUACGGGCAAUCCCAUCCGUCUGACCCACAAUCGGACAACCAUCCAAUGGGCCUUGAUGGGUCAAGCCAAACUCGAAUGCAGCAGCAAAUUGAUAGCCAGGGUGGAAUGCAGCAGGACUUCGGACAGUUUUCAGACAAACAGAUAGGAAAUCUGCCUGAUCCUCAUCGUGAGUACCCACCACCAAUGUUUCCCCAGCCGCCACCUAAUUUCCAGAUGCCUGGUAAUGCGAACCCUAUGAUGAUGGGCCCACCUCCAUUUGGCUUCCCUCCUUUCCCAUCUGAUGGAGCCCCACCUUUUUAUGGCGCACAAGUUCCCUAUGAGAUAGCACGAUCAGACUCAAACGGGAAAGGUGGAUCUGAUCAAGGGUCAAUGGGUUUUGCUCCGGGACCUGGUGGACCUGUCAAUUUCUCUGAUGGUUAUCCUCGUCCUUGGAACGGGGGACCCCCAAAUGUUCCUUUUGAAGCUGUCCAAGGUGGGCAAGGUUUGAUGGGAGCACCACAAGGUAUGCCGCCUCCCCCACCUCCUCCGGGGCCACCACCUCCUCACUUGGUGCAACAGAAACAUGGCUACUUUCCAGGUGACACAAGUAACGAUGGAAAGAGCUACGGAUGGCAAUCAGACAGACGCGAUAGCUUUGGAAGUAGCCAAGACUAGUUCAAUUUUCUCUGGUUAUAAUGUUGCUUAUUAUUUUGUCAUAUUUGUUCAAAUGUAUAACUGAUUUGUACGAUUGGCUUCCUAGUAGUAGUGCUCCUUUGGAUUUUAAGCAACAUUUUGUAAAAAGGGCUGAAACAAUAUUUUAAAUUCAGUCUUAGCUAUUCCA